CAGGCUCCUGGUGUACCGGUCAGAGAAUUUCAGAAUGCCUUCGACUACCAUGCGCAGUCUUCUCAACGAGCGAGCGACUUCAUUUGUAUCUAAACUAGACGUACAUAUUAGUACACAGAAGAGCACUUUGCGCUUGAAUCUUUGUAUGUAAUAUUAACACAGCAUCAGGAUGGAAUCUAAUCUUGAAAAGGCAACUACUGAAACGGCUGGUUGUAGUGAUGUUUAUAAUAGCCCCACUAAUUACCAACAACUGUAUAACUGUAUAUUUGGUCCGCAGAAAAAACAAGUUAACCCAAGUUCGACGGCGAGCACAGCCUCGGCUCCUGACAACGUAAAACAUGACUUGGAAUUGGAGGAAGAAGUGAAUAAUGUUCCUGGGUCGGUAACAGACACCAACAUCGGGGUAUCUAAGAAAUCCCGUUGGAGGAGACUUUUCUAUCCACAACUUAACAAACAUUCCCUGCACGUGUAUGGUAGUGUCACAGCUCUGCAAAAGGAAUGUGCAAGACAGGAGGCGGCCGGUGUAUGUAUUAUCCAUCCUUUUAGCCCAAUUAGGAAUUACUACAUCAUGUUCAUGCUGUUCAUAACAUUCAUAAACCUAAUUGCAAUCCCCAUGGAAAUAGCAUUUAUAGAAGGACAUCAUGCAGAGGCGUUUUAUAUGAUGGUAUUUAACUUAUGUUCAGACACUCUCUUUCUACUUGAUAUCGCUGUAAACUUCAGGAUGGGUGUGAUAACUGAAGAGAGUGAGGUGGUUCUUUUGGAUCCAAAGCUGAUUGCAUGUCAUUACCUUAAAUCCUGGUUUGUUCUUGACCUGAUUUCUGCGUUUCCUGUCGACUAUGUUAUACUCAUUGUAAAGGAACUGGAAGAAGAUCAAAGCACCACAACAUAUACAGCCUCCAAAUUGGUGCGAAUUGUCCUCUUUGCAAGAAUCUUUAGUUUAAUACGACUUCUCAGAGUCUCCCGCCUGGUGAGGUUUUUCAGUGAAUGGGAACAAGUUGCAAAUUCCAACAUGGAAGCAGUGAGACUGUUUAUUCGAAUUAUAAGUCUGUUUGCAAUGAUCCUCUUGCUUUGCCACUGGAAUGGCUGUAUCCAAUAUUUUAUUCCCUCUUUGCAAGACUUUCCAGAGGAUUGCUGGGUUGUUCGACAAAACCUCACGCACGCUCCAUGGAUUGAGAAGUAUUCAUUUGGAGUAUUCCGUGCACUUUCACAUAUGAUUGCAGUAGGAUACGGCGCUGCUGGCCCUCCAAAAGGUGAAGCUGAAUUGUGGGUUGUCAUGACAAGUAUGGUUUCAGGAGCACUGAUGUACACCAUGAUGGUUGCCAAUGUGGCAGCAAUGAUGUCAAAUAUCGAUGCAGCAUCAAAAGCCUACACAAGCAAAUUUAAUCACCUUGAAGAUUACAUGUUAUACCGGAAACUGCCAAAGAAUUUGCGUAGUCGGAUCUCCACUUAUUACCAGGCCCGAUACCAAGGAAAGUGGUUUGAUGAGAGAGAGAUUCUUAAUGUGCUCUCGGAAUCCUUGAAAGUGGAGAUUCUGAGCAACCUGUGCACAGACCUGGUGAAGACUGUACCCAUGUUCCAAGGUCGUGACAUAAACUUCAUAAAUGCUAUGCUCUUAAAACUGGAGUGUGAGGUUUUCCAGGAAGGAGACAUUAUUAUUCGCGAGAAUGCUGCAGGAGACCGCAUGUUCUUCAUAGAGCAUGGAAGAGUCAUGGUAAAGACUGAGCAGAAUUUCUGCACGGAACUGGCUGAUGGAGAUUACUUUGGAGAGAUCUGCUUGCUCACCAAGUACAGACGGACUGCAUCAGUACAAGCUUUGACUCUUUGCAACCUUUUCUCACUCUCUGCUGAGAAGUUUAACGAGAUGCUGAAAGAAUUUCCAGACAUAAAAGAGCAAAUGUUAAGGACAGCAUCCCAGAGACUGUGGACUUUACAGGACUUUGAGGCAGACACCUCUUCCAGAAAAUGGAACUAAGACUAAGGAAGCUAGCACUUUGGGAGUAGAGAGAAUCUACAGUAUUUAAGAGAGGGAUUUCUUACUGAGCUUUGGGUGGGAAGCUGCACUGAUGAGUACAUAUUAAGGUGUUUGUGAAACUGUUUUGUGUAAUGUUUGAACACUACCAAUGAAGGGCCGACUAAUCUGAUGAACAGGAGAGACGACACGAGGACACGACGAACAGCUGUUUUUUGGCGGCUGUAAUUAAAAAUAGUAAUUUUCUUACUCCUAAAUGUUGCAUAUUGUUACAGUACACUUUUGUCAUUCAAUUGAGGAAAGCAUUUUUUUCUGGUACAUGUUAUGUAUAUACAGACUUUUUUUUUUUUUUUGUUCAUACGGUUCAUCAUUUGCAAACUACAUUAUCGUCUGUCAGAGAAAUGAAGGUACCGGAUCUGUGAUCAGAUGCGCUCCGCCAAAAAUUAACCCUGCUUAUUCCCAUUCAAAGUGUUCCAAUGAAAUCCGAAAUUUUUUAUAAAUAUACAGAAUCAGCAUACCAUCAGUUUUCAAGCUAUUAGAAAGACCCAUUUGUUCAAGAUUUUCUCUAGUGUUUAUGCUUGUGAUGUGUGAGUAUUAUCAAUGUCACUGUAUGCAAACAUUUAACUGCUUUAAAAUGUACACAAGGUUAAAGCCAUUCUAAAAUAAGUUUACCUAGGAGCCCAUGGGUGAUUUUUGUAGCAAUGCAAAUGUUUCAAUAAAUAUGUUUUUGUUUGUUUUUUUUAGUUAUUGUUCUGUGUGGUUAGAAAAAUGC